AUGAAGACUCUAUUUUGGAAUAUCAGGUCUGUGAAUUCACAGCAAGCUUUUCAUAGAGUGCAAAUGUUACAUAGGCAUCAUAAAUUCUCCAUCAUUGCUUUGAUGGAACCAUUUCAGCAUUUUAGACACAUUCAAAGAUUUAGAAGGAGAUUGGGCAUGAGAUAUGCACAUCAUAACUACAAUGGUAAAAUUUGGUUCUUUAUAAAUGAUAAUAUAGAUGUAGAGGUGAUUCAGGAUACAGAUCAACAGAUCACAGUUAAGCUAAGUUUUCAGGAGGAUAAUAAGAUUCUUAUGACUACUAUGAUUUAUGCAAAGUGUGAAGCAUUGGAAAGAAUUAAUCUUUGGGAUAACUUGUAUAACCUGGCUGAUCAAAUGGAAGUGCCCUGGCUUGUGGGAGGGGAUUUCAAUGUCAUUAUGAAUGAAGAUGAGAAAAUAGGGGGACACACAAGUUAUCCGGAUGAGUAUGAAGAUUUUGCAUUCUGUGUGAAUUCAUGUGAACUAUUUGAAGUUUCUUUUAAAAGGAGAUUAUUCGCAUGGUGGAAUGGUAGAGCUAGUAGGGAUUGUAUUUUUAAAAGGUUGGACAGAAUGCUCACUAACUCAAAACUACAGGAUUGGUUUGGUCACAUGGAAGUUGAACAUUUAUCUAGAACUAGUUCUGAUCAUGCUCCUCUUCUACUUACUUGUGGAGAUUCAUCUCAACAUGUAAGGAAACCUUUUAGAUUUCUAAAGUUUUGGAUAGAACAUGAGUCCUUUUUAGAGGUUGUGAAUCAAGGGUGGAAUACUGAUUUUGAAGCAGAUGAACUCAUUACUUUUAAACUGAAGCUUAAAAAAGUUAAGUCUGUUCUAUCAGAAUGGAGUAAAGCUACUUUUGGGGAUAUCUUCAAGAAACUAGUAGUAAGGGAAGAUAUUGUGAGAGUUAAAGAACAACUUUUUGAAGAUGAUCCUUCUCCUGCAAACAGGAUGGUACUCCAACUAGCACAAGCAGAAUUGAAGAAGUAUAUGCAUUAUGAGGAGGAGUUCUGGAGACAAAAAUCUCAUUUUACUUGUUUUUCUGAGGGGGAUAGGAAUACAAGGUUUUUCCACAAUAUGGUAAAUGGUAGGAGGAAGAGAUUGCAGGUCAAAAGGAUGAAAAAGCAAGAUGGAAGUUGGAUUGAGGGGGAAGAUGCUCUAGCUGAGGAAGCAACCCAAUUUUAUCAUCAUCAGUUUACACAUGAGGAUAUCUCUUGA